AUGUCUGAGAAGAAGUACGCUCUCGCCCGGGUCAGCAUCUGCGACCCUCGCCUCGUCCCGGCCGGCACCCCACCCAAGGACAUCAAGUGGGAGUCGUACGUUCACUGUACCAUCUCAGCAACUCCAUCGCCAGACGGCUCGUCAUUACAACUGGAAAUGAGGACAUCUUCGACAUCUCUCGUAUCACGCAAAUUUCUGCCACUAUCCACUUUGCAGUCACCUUUUCGGCGUAUCACCUACACGGACAAGCAAGCAGCCUUCAGAUACGACUGGCCUGCCGAAUCAUCUCAACCACCCAAUACUAAGGCGAUGCAGGAAUGCUUCCAACUUAUCUUCAAAGAACCUACAGACCUCACCGCCCUCCUCGAGAGCCUCGGACCCUUCUUCUCGGCCACCCCUAGUACCAUCAAACCCAUUACCCUCACGGUCUCUCAAGUUCCACCCGCAAAGUCUGCACCCAAGGUUACCCAUAGAAGUAGUUCUGCGGCCAAAAAGAAGGUUGCUCCGAAACCGAAAAGCAAUGGCAAAAAGGGGGAUGGCGGAGAUGCUAUGAUUGUUCAAUGUGUUGGCGGUCCGGCAAACCUUUCGGCGGUCGACGAUAACAGGACUCAGCCUGCCGAUUCGACCACUUUGCCUUCCUCCAAUCAGGGUCCCUCUAGAACACCUCUCUCACCUUCAUCUCUCGUUCUCAAUCAAGCCGACAACCAACAGACUAGGCCGAUGGUCCCUCUCCACGUAACAGAGAUAGCUCCUCAACCCUCGCCCACUCGUCCACCAUCUACGUCUACCAGUUCAGCCCUCACCACUCCCCUUGGUGGAUCCAAAACUACCUUCCCGGAAGACCCCGACAUAGCAAGUCUGAAGAGGAAGCUUCUAGCUGGACCUGAGCCGACCUCGACCGGAUCCAAGGCAGCACACAGCAAAUCCCCUCCUGCACAACUCGCUCCUGCCCCCAGCGUGGUCUAUCCACCCUUCACCACCUACAAACCUCAGUCAGCAGACAGCGCGCCGUCUCAGCCUCAACAAACUUCAUCUCAACUCCCUUCGUCUAUGGCUCUCGUCAAGCCGCCAACAUCACCCAACCUCAUCUGCCUCUCCUCACCUUUAAUCUCGACAGCCCCCUCCCCGCCGCGGACAGCGUUGAAACCCAACCCUCUAGACGAUCUGUUGGACCUGGACAGCAGCUGCAUGGAGUUUGUGCCGAUGAUGACUCGAGAGCAAGAAGAAUUGGAGACAAAGAGGAGGUUGGAAGAGGAAGAUCUGGAUGAAGAGUAUACACUACCAAACGACGGCAACGACAUACCACCAGCGCAUCAGGCAUUCCAGACUACAGUGGCUCUUGUCGUAGCCUUUGGCUCACCUUUACACGAGCUUGGAGAAGAAGACAUGGACGAUCUGAUUAGCACAUGUAUGGCAAGCGAUGGCUUUGACUUGCUGUACAGAAAGGUGUCCUACCUGCUGAGUCGGCGCAAUUCCCUACAGCUAUAUGCACCGGCGACACCUUCCCUCGGCACGCCUUUGGAUCUCGAUGAUAUGCCGUCGUCCAGGAUACUAACACCUCCAACCGAAUCCUACCCUCUGGGCUUUUUCGAUCAACCAUCCGCCUUUUCCCAAGGCCGAAGCGGCCAAUACUACGACUUUCCUCAGACCGAUACCCAGCCAUCCUUUGUUCCCGAGACACCGGGGUACAGCUACUCCAGCAAGAGGUCCUACUGUGGUGAUUUCAGCGAGCAUGACCAGGAGAAGCGAAUGCACAUGUGCUUUGAGGAGGAAGAGGACGUGUAUGAUGAUCUGGAGGAGGAGGAUAUGAGGCUGUGA